UUGACCAAAUAUAUAGGGUGUUGGAAUGAAAGAGUUCAACUUUGGAGAAAAAUAAAACUUCAGAUCAUCUUCUUGGACCUCUCUAUAAAUACGCUAUCUGCAUUUUCAGAUCGUUGAACUUAUAAUCUCCCAUCUUAAAAAAGAAAAAAAAAAACAAUUCAGAAAGUUAAUCUUCAGAUAUCGAUGGCGACCAAAGUAUAUAUCGUGUACUACUCAAUGUACGGUCAUGUGGAGAAAUUGGCUGAAGAGAUUAGGAAAGGGGCUGCUUCCGUUGAAGGUGUUGAAGCCAAGCUAUGGCAGGUACCAGAGACGCUUCCAGAAGAGGCACUCUCUAAGAUGAGCGCACCACCAAAGAGUGAAUCACCAAUCAUCACACCCAACGACCUAACCGAAGCUGAUGGGUUCGUCUUUGGAUUCCCAACGAGGUUCGGCAUGAUGGCUGCUCAGUUCAAAGCCUUCUUGGACGCAACCGGUGGACUCUGGAGGACUCAGUCACUCGCUGGUAAACCAGCUGGUAUCUUCUACAGCACUGGCUCUCAAGGUGGUGGCCAAGAAACCACCGCAUUGACUGCGAUAACUCAGCUGGUCCACCACGGGAUGAUCUUUGUCCCGAUCGGUUACACAUUUGGUGCGGGAAUGUUCGAGAUGGAGAAAGUGAAAGGAGGAAGUCCCUAUGGAGCAGGAACAUUCGCAGGAGAUGGUUCAAGGCAGCCAACAGACCUUGAGCUAGCGCAAGCUUUUCACCAAGGCAAGUACAUUGCAACCAUCACCAAGAAGCUCAAGGGAUCUACUGCUUAGAGAUCUUCAAAAAAGGAAAACAAAACAAGACCCGGUUUGGUUCUCUGCUUUUUUAUUACACAAUUAUAUAUUCUCUCUUCUUGUGAUUUCAUUUGGGUUUUGAUUAUAAACUACAUGAUAUUGUUUCACAACAAUCAUUCUUGUCUUGCUUUUACGUAUUAGAUAUGUAAUGAUUUAUGCUUGUCUUGCACUAUUGUUU